AACCCAGAGAUUAUUUCUGUGGAGGUUGCUUGCAGCCCCGCAGAGCGCGCUUUAAAAAGUCUUUUACUUCUGAAGCCUACUAAAGGUUUAUUUGUACCAAAUUUUACUGCCCCCCAACGCCGCCCAAAUCGCCAACAACCGGGAUCACCGUAGGAUGGUAGAAAGUGACACCGUUUCAAAAAAACAAGAAGUCAAGGGUCUUGAAAACAAAGCCAACUUCGAAGAAGCAAUCGAACACACCGGAUAUGGCAAAUUUCAUUACAUACUAUUAGCAAUAUGUGGACUGGUAAGCACCUCGGAGGAGAUGGACGUCAUCUCGUUGUCCUUCAUCCUACCGUCGGCAGAGUGUGACCUUCAUCUAACCACCGAAAAUAAGGGAUGGCUCAACUCCAUCAUUUUUAUCGGGAUGAUGGCAGGGGCUUACUGCUGGGGUUCCGUAGCGGAUUCCCUCGGCAGAAAAAAAGUCCUUAUCGUCAUCUCUUUUGUCAACGCUCUGUGUAUCAUCGCAUCCAGUUUCAGCCAGUCUUAUGAAAUGUUUAUGUUGUUUCGAUUCUUAAAUGGGGCGGCGUUAGGGGGCAGUGGACCAGUAAUUUGGUCUUAUUUUGCUGAAUUUCAGCCAAAAUCCAAAAGAGGUUCCAUGUUAUCUUUCAUGGCAGCCUUUUGGACAUUCGGAAACCUGUUUGUAGCAGGUUUAGCUUGGGUAAUUAUUCCCUCGGACAUCGGCGUAGUUUCGGAGUAUUUCACCUAUAACUCCUGGCGUAUUUUCUUACUUGUAUGCGCCGUACCGUCUAUAAUCGUCGGUGUUUUACUAUUUUUCCUUCCGGAAAGUCCCAAGUUUUUGUUAUCAAGAGGGAGAAACGAUGAGGCUAUUGAAAUUUUUAAAGGAAUUUAUCAAAUGAACACUGGGAAAGACAGAAAUAGCUACCCAAUAAAAUAUGUUCUUUCCACCGACGUUGAAGACCAAAUUCAGACGGUCAAAGACACUAAAAUUCCACAUACCAAAGUCGAAAAGUACAAAGCCAUGAUGGCGGAUAUCAUGGAUAAUAGCAAGCAACUAUUUAAAAAUCCGAUACUUAAAUUUACAAUGAUUUCAAUCACGCUUAACUUGACGUUCCAUAUCGGUUACUACGGGCUAAUGAUGUGGUUCCCCGAACUUUUCAAUAGAUUCGACGAAUUCGCUCAAGACCAUCCUGGAGAAUCAGCUUCCGUUUGUCAAGUAACUAAUUAUGUUGUUGGAUUGGAAGAAACUCAAAAAAGUUGCUCGAAUAAAAUCGAAAGCCAAGUAUUUAUGGAAUCUUUAAUCACCGUAUCAUCCGCAUUGCCCGCCAAUAUUUUCGCCAUAUUGUUUAUGGACAAAUUGGGCAGAAAAUUCUUUAUGGUUUUCAGUACGGUUUCCGCUGGUAUUUGUUCGGCUUCGAUGUACUUUGUUUACAACCAAACCCAUAAUUUAAUUGUAUCAGCUGUAUUCAGUGGUGCUAUAUCUUGUGGAAAUGCAGCUUUGGAUUGCUUAAUAACAGAAAUUUUCCCUACCAAUCUCAGAGCGACUGGUAUUGCAGUUUCGAUGGUAUCCGCUAGAUUGGGCGGGAUAAUAGGCAACAUAGUCAUAGCGACAUUGCUGGAUAUGUAUUGUCCAGCUCCAACAUUCAUAGUGGCCUUCCUCCUGGCUGGAGGUGGGUUAUUAUCGCUGUUUUUGCCAAAUACUACUCGUACUGAUUUGCAAUAAAAAGAAGAUAACUAAAAGACGACGAGUAGAAGCUUUAUUGAUGUUGAAUGUUAGAUUAGAAAAUAAUAUUAUAAAAAAUUAAUGAAAUAAAUAAAUUUUAUCAAUCAGAA